AUGAAUCAACGAAUUAAUUUAUUUUUAGUUGCUUUUUUUUCAUAUUUAUUGGCAUUUGCUAUUUUUGCUGAUGCUCAUGAUUAUGAAACUAUGGAAUCUGAAAACAUUUCACCCUGCUGUAAAGCUCCUG